AAGCAACAAGCCGUCAUGUUGUCUGACACCUGACUUUUUAGUUGCAUACACAAAUUUAUUUAAUUCGACGUUUUGUAAUCAAAAACGUUUACAAUAACGCUUGUAAGCAAUAGGCGAAUAAAUUGAGUUUACAACAGUGUAUUGUAAUAUGAUGGCCAUUGUGUACGAACGCUUUAAUACGCGUCUAUACUUGGAGUGAGGUGUCACGUCUAAUCGGGGCUUCUCUAGCAGCCGACUCCAUGAAUAAUAACAGGAUAAUAUGUUAACAUGGCUGUGCAAUCAGACUCUGGAGGGAAGGACGACGUGAAGACCCAGUUCGUGACACGAGAAGGCACAUAUCGCUUAAUGACCCUAUCGGAGUAUUCCAGGCCUAAUCGUGUUGGUUAUACGAGUGGCUCCGGGUCUUCCCAUGUGCGCGUGUCUCUGGUCAGCCUUCCACCGGGCCCUGGGGGCGGAGCGCCUGGCUCUGAUGGACAAGGAUCCGACGAUAGGAUAUGCUUCAACCAUGGCAAAGAACUUUAUGUUUAUGUGUACAGAGGUGUCAAAAAGGGCAUGUCACUAUAUUACACACUUCCUCGGCAGGCGGCAGAUCUCACAAAGCCAGUUGACAAGAAGAUGUACAAAGGGACAAACCCAACCUGCCAUGACUUUAACACGGUCACAAUGACACCGGACAGUGUGUCCUUAGUUAUAGGAUUUUCUACCGGCCAAAUACAACUCAUAGACCCUAUUAAGAAAGAAUUAAGUAAAUUGUACAAUGAAGAGAGACUGAUUGACAAAACGAGAGUGACCUGCAUAAAGUGGGUGCCUGGCUCGAGCAACCUGUUCAUAACGGCGCACGCGUCGGGCCAGCUGUACGUGUACAACGAGGAGCUGACGUGCGGGACCACGGCGCCGCACUACCAGCUGUUCAAGCAAGGCGACGGCUACUCCAUCCACACCUGCCGCACCAAGUCCACUCGCAACCCGCUCUACAGGUGGCUCAUUGGCGCCGAGGGCAGCUGUAUUAACGAAUUCGCAUUCUCGCCUUGUGGCACCAAUCUUGCAGUGGUCUCACAAGAUGGAUUCCUCCGAGUUUUCCAUUACGAUACAAUGGAACUCAUCGGAAGAGCGAGAUCAUAUUUCGGCGGCUUUCUGUGUGUCUGCUGGUCUCCUGACGGCAAGUACGUCGUAGUCGGCGGAGAAGACGACCUGGUCACUGUGUGGUCGUUCAGCGAGAGGAGAGUGGUGGCGCGCGGGCAGGGGCACAGGUCGUGGGUGUCUGUAGUCGCAUUCGACCCCUACGUCGUCAGCUUCAGCGAGCCGGAGAGCGAGGAGGGCGUCGAGGACGAUAGACAGAAAAGUGAAAGUGUGCAGUGUUAUAGGUUAGGCAGUGUAUCUCAGGACACACAGUUGUGCUUGUGGGAUCUCACCGAGGACGUGCUGAAGCCGCCAGUCAGGGCGCGAGCUUCCGCGCAUCUCUCACCCAAUAGUCAAACAUUCUCCCCUAACGGGGUCCCUGGCAUGAAGGCACCCGCGCCGAAAGGAGCCAAAACUAAUAAGAUAGGACACAAACACGCCGAGCUCAGUGGGUCGAACGCGGCGGGCGAACCGUCUGGGACGAAGCAAACGAAAGCGAAAGUAAACAACGUGUCGACCCUCAACAUUAGUGUCGGGAAAGCGAAAGAGGAAACUUCGGGCUCGCUCGGAGUGAACUCGCUGACGCAGCGGUUGGCCGGGUUCUCUUUCGGCGAGCGUCGGUCGGAGCAUCGCCGGAACUUUAGUCUGACGUCGAAGCCGGCGGAGCAGAAGUCGUCGGCGUCGAACAGCGUCGCGCUGCGGGGGAAGUCUGCGGGCGCGUCGACGAGCGAGUCGUACGACCCGCUGAAGCUGAUCGGCACGGCGUCGUGCCCGCGGUUCGACGAGUGCCCGGUGCUGGAGCCGCUGGUGUGCAAGAAGGUGGCGCACGAGCGGCUCACGGCGCUGCUGUUCCGCGCCGAGUACUUGCUCACCGCCUGCGCCGACGGCUGCGUCAAUACCUGGGCGCGGCCCGCGCGCGCGCUCAACGGGGACGCGCGCCCCGCGCGCCGCCUCGACCGCAUCGACCUCGUCGACUAGUCCCCCCCCCCACGUCGACCCGCUCUUACUCUACUCCAACGUUUCCGACGCUCACACUCCGACACUCCAGUCGCGACAGUUUCUUGGCCAGACUAAAAAUUAACAGUAAAUUAAUUAGUACAAUAUAGAAGAAAAUAUAUUUCCUUACUUUAGCAGCACCGAAGGUUGUAUGUAGCCGUUAUUUGAACGAAAUACCCUGUUUCGUUGCGUUCUAUGAAAUAACACUAAAGGUAUAGAUAAUGAAGUGUAGCAGUAUCGUUAUGUCCAGGUAUACAGCCGUUGAAACGUUGGUUGUUCGAUAAUACUCGUGGUUGUCUGCAGCGGUCGCUGGUACAUAGCUGUUAAAGUUCGUGGUGAGUGGUGUGCGUGUGCUAUUAUUCCAUGUUAGACACAUUGUUGGUUCAUGAUGCGUGUGAGUGUAUUAUGUCGUGUCCUGGAGCUCUCCUGUGUAUGCCAAUAUCAUUAAGAUUAUAUAUGUAUUUAUAAAUUCCUGGAUCGCGGCCAAAAUGUUAGGCUUAGAAAAGUUUUAAAAUGUUUGCACUGAUUUUGAAAUUUACACUUUCUGGUUUUGGAUGUUUUAUAUCGCUUCGCGGAUCUGGGAAUAGCAACUUUAUAUAAACUUUAAUAAGAUAUAUGUUUUCUUCAGCACGCAAAGUUAUUGUGCACUUUGAUGAGCCUGCGAAUAAUUGUAUUUUUUGUAGAAACUGUUAGGUGUAUCAGUUGUAUGCUUUCCUCGAACGCAGCCCUUGCUCUAGGGUGAAGUUGCACGACACAUUACCGACACACAAGUAACGGUGACUAAAUUGUGAUACUCUUACUCUAUUAAAUCGGUGGUAUUCUGUCCUCUUAAUGUAAUGGUACUAAGUGGGGGAACAUCAGGGUUUUGAAACUAUUGGGAUGAAGAUCUUGAUAUAUGAAUAUAGUAAAAUAUAUCUUUAGUUUUC